CUAAUCAUCUCCCACUCACUGUUUCAACCUUUUUACUCUCAAUUACUGCUACUCCAAAUCCAUGCAGAUCCUGCUUGAGCGAUGCUGAUGCACAUCUCCUUUCUCUCUCCCCACAAUAUUCUUCUUAGCUUAGCUACAUUUACUCCUCUCCUCACUAUCUACUGCCCCUGAUCUCUCUCUCUCUCUCUACCACCAUGCUUCCUUCUAUCUUCUUCUUCCUACUACUCUUCUCCCUCUCCGUCUUUGCCAACAACCGCCGUGUCCUUCAUCAGCCAUUUUUCCCACAAGAUUCACAUCCACCUUCCUCUAAUCCAAAAUACCCUUUUGACUCUUCUACUCCUAAUAACAAUAGUAACAACAACAACACUCCCUUUUUCCCCUCUUUUCCUUCUCCGCCCCCUCCACCUUCUCCUUCUGCUUUUGCUUCAUUUCCUGCCAACAUAUCUUCCCUUAUCCUUCCCCAUUCCUCCUCUAAAUCCAAAUCCAUUUCCUCUAAACUCAUCGCCACUGCCAUCGCCUGCGUUCUUGCUGCUCUACUUGUUCUCUCAAUUGCUCUCUUCUUGCGUAUCCGCAAACGAAAAAAUCAUUCUUCAGUUUCUACUGAUACCAAAACCCACAGAUCUAAUAGCAGCAGUACUCGCAGUAAUGGAAACCCAAGUAGUAGUAUUCCUAAAUUACAGAGACCAUCUCAAACCAGUUCCGAAUUUCUCUACUUGGGUACUAUGGUCAGUGCACAUAAUGGGAUUGAUACCCAGAACCAGCAACAUCGUCGUAGCGGCAACGUUUGUACUACUGCUUCCAGAAAACUGGACUCGCCGGAGAUCCACCCAUUGCCGCCACUAAAUGAACGGCUAAAUCAUGAUAUUAUAUCCCGUAGAACUGAAGACGAUGACGAGUUUUACUCUCCAAGAGAAUCUUUAGAUGGCAGAGAAAGUGCUAUCGGAACUGGAUCUGCCUCACGUAGGGCUUUUGAAGCCGUUGAGGUCAAGAAUUCUGGUAGCUCAAGCUCAUCUUCUUCAUACUCCUCUUCCACCUCCGAUUCGGCCUCACCACUUAGGUCUGUAGCGCUCAGCAUUUCUCCGCCGGUGAGUUUAAGUCCAAAGAACUCACAACCCAAGUCACCGGAACUACUUGCUCUUCAUACUGCUCCGCCACCUCAGUAUCCUUCUCCUUCGUCUCCACCGCUAGCAAAUUUUGUCCCGAUAUUGGUCAUCGCUGGGGAAUCUGAUUCACCAUCUCCGCCUAGUUCAUCAUCAUCAGGGAGAUAUUCAAGCGGAAGUAUUGACUCAUCACCCAGAAUAUCCAACGUUUGGGAUCAGAAUGUUGAAUCUCUGGUGAGAAUCAGCAGUCACAUAGAGCAGAAUGCGCCAGUUUCAGUUCCCAAACAACCGCCGCCGCCACUUUUGAUUAGUAUUCCGGCUAGUGUACAGCCUCCACCACCACCGCCGCCACCACCAGUUAAAAUUUGGGACAGUCCAAAAACUCCAACACCACCAAUUUCAAAGCCACCAUCUAAGCCUCCAGUUCCUGUAACACCUUUAAGACCCAUAGAAGUUGAGAGUCCAGUGCUGAUUUCUCCAAUCGAUUUGCCUUCUAAUACGCAACCAAUUGAGAAGAAUGAACAGAAUAUAGAAGGCUUAUCAAGUGAUACUGCUGGGAACAAUGAGGAGACUCCAAAACCAAAGUUGAAGACUUUGCAUUGGGAUAAAGUAAGAGCUACUUCUGACCGGGAAAUGGUGUGGGAUCAACUGAAAUCAAGUUCGUUUAAAUUGGAUGAAGAGAUGAUAGAAACCUUGUUUAUUGUGAGGACUCCAACACCAAAUCCAAAAGAAAUGACCAGAUGCCCUCUUCUUCCCUCGCAGAGCCAAGAGAAUAGGGUACUUGAUCCAAAGAAGUCACAGAACAUUGCAAUUUUGCUAAGGGCACUAAAUGUAACUGUUGAGGAAGUAUGUGAAGCUCUUUUAGAAGGAAAUGCUGAUGCCCUAGGGACUGAUCUCUUGGAGAAUUUAUUGAAGAUGGCUCCAUCCAAAGAAGAAGAACACAAGCUGAAAGAAUAUAAAGAUGAUUCCCCCUUUAAGCUUGGGCCAGCUGAGAAGUUUCUCCAAGCGGUGCUUGAUAUACCUUUUGCAUUCAAAAGGGUAGAUGCUAUGUUGUACAUAUCAAAUUUUGAUUCUGAGGUUGACUACCUCAAAAAGUCAUUUGAAACUCUGGAGGCUGCUUGUGAAGAGUUGAGAAGUAAUAGAAUGUUCUUAAAGCUUCUGGAAGCAGUGCUGAAGACUGGUAACCGCAUGAAUGUUGGGACAAAUCGGGGUGAUGCACAUGCGUUCAAACUAGAUACCCUCCUAAAGCUUGUAGAUGUGAAGGGAGCUGAUGGGAAAACAACCCUCUUGCAUUUUGUGGUACAGGAGAUCUUAAGAAGUGAAGGUGCUCGUCUUUCUGGUGGAGAUCAAGAUCAACAGUCGACCGUGAAUGAUGACGCCAAGUGCCGGAAGCUUGGCCUCCAAGUUGUUUCCAACCUUACUUCAGAGCUUAUAAAUGUUAAGAAAGCUGCUGCCAUGGAUUCAGAAGUGCUUCACUGUGAGGUCUUAAAGCUUUCUAAAGGGAUUGGAAACAUUGCAGAAGUUGUCCGAUCAAUUGAAGCAGUUGGAUUGAAGUACAACAGCAUAGAAAGAUUUUCUGAAUCCAUGAGAAGGUUUAUGAAAAUGGCAGAGGAGGAGAUCAUAAGGCUCCAAGCUCUAGAAAGUGUCGCCAUGUCCUUAGUGAAAGAAAUAACCGAAUACUUCCAUGGAAAUUCAGCCAGGGAAGAGGCUCACCCUUUUAGGAUCUUUAUGGUGGUAAGAGACUUCCUAAUGGUUCUUGAUCGUGUUUGCAAAGAAGUUGGAAUGAUAAAUGAACGUACAAUAGUUAGUUCUGCCCACAAAUUUCCAGUUCCAGUGAAUCCAAAUCUACAGCCUGCCAUUAGCGGGUUGACAGCAAGAUGGCAGCAUAAUUCAUCCGAUGAGGACAGUUCAUCUGCGCAGUAGCGACAUAGAUUAUAGCAGGCAGAACCCUAGUUUUUGUUUUUGGUCAAAGCCAAUGUAAUCUACUAUAAAGGCCAUCUAGGAGUUUGUCUGAGACUGUGCUCGACUUUUGAGCUACAUGUAAUCUUUUCUUUUUAAAGAAAAAAUUGUAUUUA